UGAAGUGCAAGGACCACCUGAAGUCGAUUCUGAAUGACUAGGUGGCUCUAGGAACCAUCCCUGUUCAUGAUGACCAGCGUCUCCUUCAGGACCAUGAACAGCUCAGAACCCAUGGCUCUCUCCAGCGGGUUGGACCCCCCAGAGGUGGGCAUGGAGAUCACGGUGGUGCUGCCUUUGUUCCUGAGCACCAUCUGCCUGGUGGGCUUAGUUGGAAACUUAUUUCUCAUUGCCAUCCUCAUCCACGAUUUCAGGAAAGGGAAGUGUUCAGUGGUCAACUGCCUGGUCAUCAACCUGGGCAUCACCGACCUGCUGCUCAUCCUCUUCUGCAUCCCGGUGCGCAUUGUCACCUAUGCCAAGCAGUCUUGGCUCUUUGGGAGUUUUGUCUGCAAGACCACCGGGUGGUUCCUACAGAGCUGCCUUACCGUGAAAAGCCUGACCCUGGCAGCCAUAGGACAAGCCCGCUACAAGCAUGUCAUCACCCCACCCAAGUUCCUCAGCUUCAGCAAGAGGCACGUGGUGGUGGUCCUUCUCUUCACCUGGUCCUUGUCCCUCCUGCUGCCCCUGCCGCAUCUGAUUCUCACCCAGGUCAGGAUGACGCAGGAGGGGUUGACCUGCUCCUUUGAUGUGCCAGAACAUGCCUCCAACUUUAUGAACGUCUUCAGCAAGUUGUACCCCUUGCUGGCUUACGUCCUGCCCAUGGUCUUCACCUUCUUCUGCUACAUGAGAGCGCUGAGGAGGAAAGAAAGGAGGAACCGUGUGCCUAACCCCCGCGUUCAGAGCAGGAAGAUCACCUCCAUGCUGAUGAGUAUGAGCUUGGCAUUUGAAGCCAUGUGGCUACCAGAGUGGAUUGUGUGGAUCUGGGCGAGGCACACCAACUAUGGUAUCCUACAGCCGCCCAAUACCCUCAUGGUCUUGGCUCAGGUCAUCCUGUUCUUGAACUCCACUCUCAAUCCCGGGGUGUUUCUGGCCGUGUCUGAGGAGUUUAGAGAUGGCUUCAAGACCAUUUGGACUCUGAUGAAGUGUGAGAAGUGCCAGGAUGGAGGGGGAGCGUCCAGGGCAGGGGAGAAUGGAGCGGACAUGGUGCCCAGUACCAUCCAGUCUUUGCAGGACUUCCAGUGCCCAUUGUCUGCCCACAGACUUUCUCAGGAUUCCAAAAGCGAGGAGAAGGUCCUCCCAGAUGUAGAGCACUUCUGGCAGGAUCGCAGGAACACCACCGCCGGGGAGGACAAUGACCCCAUGCCCUGGGAGCACCAGGAGAAACCCUAGAGCGUGUUACCUCUGUGAAGGCAGGAUGAU